AUGUUGAUUUCACCAGAUUCUGACUCUUCAAAAAUCAGUGGUUUACUGCUUGAGAAGUGCAGAAAAGCAGAAGCAUCGUCCCCAUUUGAGAAAUCGCACAGACGCUUGUUUAACACAGAAGACAAUGUGGAUGUAAAAAAUUUAUUUAAAACCCAGGAAAAUAUUUCCUGCCUAAUGGACUUGUCAGAGAAUGGUGAUGACCUAAUUCGUUUUAACAGUGUGGCCAAUGUCGCUGCUGGAAAAGCAGAGAAAAACUGCAGCAGGCAAGGGCAUUCCCACCCUGCAAAUGCAAUCACUCAUCACAUACACAACUGUUGCCUUAAGACGGAAGACUCUGUAUCUGGUCAGACUCUGGCCAAUGUCCAGGCGUGUGAAAAGACUGGGCUGGGUAGACCUCUAACCAUGAAUACCCUGUUUGGUGAGCAGGCAGAUACUCCCAUGGUAAAUCACAAUUAUUCUGUAAAAGACGAUUCUGAAAAUUCUGCUACUAUUCUGGAGAUUUAUGCAGAGAAAAUUCCACGUGUAAGUGAUGAUUUUUCUGAUGAUGACCUAGAGUAUUUUGAAUGUUCAGAUGUGCUGACAGCACAUGAAAAUGAAAUCUGGAAAAAGAAAUUACAAUUUUUAUUGGAAAGUGAUGAUGAAGAUGAUUUAAAGCUGAGUAAGGAUUGUGAUGGGUGUGCUUACUUCCUCAGUGAAAUGCCUUGUCUGUUCCAAGUGUCAGAUAACACUACGCCUAUGGAUACCACCAUUGGCUUCUGUGGUCAUCACUCAAAAUUCAAAGGAGUAAAUGUAAGGAGAGACCCCUCUAUGCACAGGCAGUCAACUUCGCAGACAGAGAUGACUCUCACUGUUGGACACCACCGAGAUAAAAGUGCAAGUUUGAAAGACAAAGAAAAGUAUAAAUUGACUGUUGCAUCUGCAGCCAUUGAAAAUGACCAUCCCAGGACUGAAGAAGAAAAUAGUGGAAGUGGCCACUCAGCUGCAGUUUUCUCAACUGACAAGUCAAAGAACAAGGAGAACAUACGUGCCAAGACGGACUCCUCUACUGGUGGCAUAGGUGCUUCUUUGACAAAUCAGGCUUCAGAGACAAUGACAGAAAACAGUACGGAUAAGGACUUGCUGGGUGAGAGCUCAUUGCUGCUAGAGGAGGACGGCAGAAAUUUGCCAGAGGAAAAUGCAAGGCGUGCUGUCUGUACCUUAACAGCAAGUCUAAGAAGAAACCUUUUAAAGUUGUUAAACCCUAAGGAGCUUUGCAGAUAUGUGAGUAAUAUAGGACAAUCUCCGCAGACUGCAGCAGAGGUUAGGGAAUCCAGUGCUCUGUUUCCCAGUCAGGAAGGUGUCAUUUCAACACAAAUCCCCGAGGAGACAGAAAGCUCGCAAAUGCAGGCUGGCUUGUGUCGUAUAGAAGAGGUAGAUAAAGACUGUCAUUGGGAACGGAAGAGGACUUGGGGCCUGUCUGAGCAAAAUCAGAUGCCAAAUGAAAACAUCUCACCCAGGAAUCAAGGUGCUAAUCUUAAAAUUUUUACCCAGAAUUGUGAAAGACUAUGUAUGGAGCCUGAAAUAGAAAAGGAAGGUGUCUUCAUGACUUGUGGGAGUGCAGGAACCAUCCGUCCAGCUUCAGAAAUGCUCUGUACUGAAAAGACAUUACAAGCGAAAAAGGCAAAUUUGCAGACCUAUUCUCAACACCAUGCUCCUUGUGAUAAGAGAGAAAGUUGUCACCAACAAAGCUUCUGUGAACAAGGAAUUACUAUUAUUAGUAGUGGCAACAAAUCAAAGAAUGACGUUUCACCUUUUCCUUUACGGGAUAUGGACUCUCUUCCUGAUAAACAAGAGCGUUUAUGCGCUGUUCUCUCUUCUGCAAAGCUGUGUGAUGAGCCAAGGGAGGGAGAGCAAAGGUAUAGUUUUGCCUCACAUGACAGCAAUGACACAGAUACUCUCUGCAGUCUAUCAUGUGAUGAGUCUCUGUUUGAAGCUAAUCCCAAGUCGGGCCUGGCAUCUGGAGAACCUGGGUGCAAAGGAGAUGCUGAUAUAUCUGCAGUGCAUGACAAGCUGUGGAAACUUCUUCAUGAAGAUGACUCAGACUAUCAAAUCCCAUUUGAAAACCAGGGGAUCACAAGUUUAGACAUUAGGCCAACAGAUAUCAAAGUCACAGAACUGAACUUUGUACAGGAGACCUGUUCUGAUCAUCUUUUGCCAUUAAAUGCGAUAAAAGAGCAGGAACCUGUUACACAACCAGCUAGUAGACAAAGAACAGAGAAAGAAGGCUGCAAUGUUUCUAAUAUCCUACUUAAAACAGAUGAAGCAUGCAACAGUGCAUCCAUAGGAAAUAUUUGUCUUGCACAAGUGGUAGAAACAGAUGGUAUAUGUCUAGAUCCAAGCACUGGAAAUAAAAUGGAAACACCAUCCAUUUGUGUUUCAGGAAAUAGUAUCAUCUUAAAUCCAGGGGAGUUCUUGGAGCAGAAGCCAAAUCAAACGUUAACUGACAGUAAUGGAUCCAUUCAAAUGACUGCUGCUUGGGAAGGAAAGCUUACCAUUACAAAUGCUUCCAAAACAUGUGAUGCAGAUUCUCCUCGAAGAUUAAAAAAUGGUCAGAGUGGUAAUUUAGCACGUGACAAAGAAAACCCAUCUUACAUACCAGAUAAGUCGCAUGGAACACUUGGACAAUUGCUUCAUACUGAGCACAGCAUAUCCUUGAUAAAUGAAUCUGUAACUGAUAAAGGGUAUCAUUUUAGAGACUGUUAUCCAGCAAGAAGAGAACUGGCUUAUUUCCCUGAAGGGAAAGACAUUUUCUCCAGUGAAAACACCAAUCAGUUGACACAGGACAAACACUGUUCUUUUAGCACCAUACAUAAAAGUUAUGAAGAGAAUUUACAAGAAAAAGGAAAUUACUCAGACUUGAAUGCCCGAAAUGACACUAAUUCUGACAGUUACCAUCUUUCAAAAAAUAAUGACUGUCAAGAUUUUCAUGUUAUUUCUAAUACACAGAAACACGGUUAUGUAAUGCAAUUGCCUAAUUUGAUUAAGACUCCCCAAACCAUAACAUGUAAGAAUCUACCCCAAAAUAUAGAUCAAGUGACAGAAAUAGAAAAACAAGAAGUGGCAUUCACUCCUUCUUCUGGGGAUGCGUUUUUAAGAGAUUUUUAUAUAGAAGUGCCCAGGUAUGAACCAUGUAAAACAGAAGAACAGAGAGAGAUUUGCAUAAGUGAUGAACAAAGAGCUGAAACUUCCUGUGACUCAGGAGUUAGUCAUGUUUCAGAGAGUCAGACUGCAGUUUCCCUUCAUAAUACAUCAGAACAACGUGUAUUUUUUAUUGACAGCACCUUCAAGUCUGAUGAAGAGUUAAAAACAGAUUCUUCAAAAAAUCAGACAUUUGCAUCUGAGGGUGUACCAUCAGUUAGUGCCCCGCUGCCUAGAAAGGCUCGAAAUGAGUACCACAACAUAGCAAAUGAGAGUUACAGAGGUACCAGUAAUCAGUUAGAUCUCCAACAACUGACUGCAAAAGAGACUUUACCAUUCUUGACACCCGUAAGCCAGUCAGAGGGCCUUCUCACCAGUGUAUCAGCAAUGGGGUGUUCUGGCACAGGAAGUCAAGUAGAAAGUGAAUCCACCCAAACUGCAGUCAAAGUAGAUGAAAACUUGAGUACACUGGAAACUUUCUGCAUAACAUUGCAGGAUCAGUUCCAUCAGGUACCUGAAGAAAACAAGGAGGAAGCAGUCUUGUGUGAAAACAAACAAGAGAUUCAAAGAGCUAUUGAAUAUAACUCAGAUGAAGCUGAAACAAAGUCUCCUUUGCACACCUUAAUUAGCUGCAAGGCUCAGAGACAGUUUAUGACUGUUAGCACAAAGGAGUCCUGUCCCGACUUGAUCUCUUCCAGCAAGCUGGCUGAGGCUGAUAAUUCAUUUAAGUCUACUGAGUACGAUAAAGAAGUCAUGACAUCAGAGAGUGUAGUAAGUGGUUUAGUUAGUUUGCCACCAGUUGAUUCAGGGAACAACCAGUAUUUUCAAGAGCAGCUACCCUGCAGCAGAACUCAGCCAUUCUCCUUAGCGCUGACCACAUACAAUCCAUUCCCAUUCAAUGAGGAAAGGCUAAGAAAUCAAGAAGGGUCAAAAUCCUACUGGACAUCACCAACUGUUGCUGAGCCUGAGCCCAUCGAAUGUAAACAAGACACAGCAAAGAGUGGGCUUUUAGCUGCUGGAGCUAAGAAGACAUUACCACCAGCAACACUGUCAAAAAAACCCCGACUGGAGGAGAGAGGAAGUGUCAGCAGGGAUCCUAGCUCUGUUAACAGGUCUGUGAAGAGUGAGGCAGGCAUGAUUCAUAAAGAGGAUAGAAAAGAGCAAAGGAAACUAAUUUUGAAAAAGGAUAGCAAAGCUCCCAAGUUGCUGAAGAAAAUCCAAGCAGAGUUGUUCCCUGACUGCUCUGGAAAUAUUAAGCUAUGCUGUCAAUUUGGUGACAUUCAUGGUGACUCCACCAUUACAUGGACUAAAGAUUCCAAGUUACUAGCUCGACUGCAGAGAAGUGCUCAGGAUGACUCUCCCGUCUCUUUGGCAAUAGCUAAAGCCAGUAACAAAGACCAGGGAAUGUAUUAUUGCUGCUUGAAUAAUAUGUAUGGAAAAGUGACUGCUGAGUUUAAUCUGACUGCUGAAGUUUUGGAACAUCUCUCAAGUUUUCAGAAUUCUGAAG